CCUUCCUCAGAACAACCCCACUAUCGAUCAGCAGCUGCAACUCUCCACCAUUCAUCAAUCUCUUUUUCAUCAUCGAUCACUCGAUUGUUGUACAUCAGAUCAGCCAUGAACUUCUAUCAUGAGCCCGCCAACACUUCUCUCAACCUCAGCCUGUCAUCAAGAAAAACUAACCUGAUUAACCUAGACCUCGUCCUCGACCCCUCGUCUCCAAUUUCGCCUUCGAUCUCACCCCCGCUCAGCCCAGCCGAGCAACGGGUUUUCUCCUGCAAUUACUGCAGACGAAAAUUCUACAGCUCACAGGCGCUUGGAGGGCACCAAAAUGCUCACAAGCUGGAGAGAACCCUGGCCAAGAAGAGCAGAGAACUAGGCUCGCCUGGUAGGCCCCAACACAGUUCCACCCACCGGCCUGGUCCAGUGCUCGGCCCGGAUACAGGCUUAGACCGGCACGGUCAGGUGGGUGGGGUGGGAGGAAGAGAUUUGAACUACGGCUAUGGCAGCUGGAUUAACGGUGAAUAUGAGAGAGGUGAGAGUGUUCGUCGACAAGAAGAGCUCAGCCAGCUUGAUUUGUCUUUAAGGCUUUGAUUAAUUUCAGGUGGUCAGAAAAUUAUGUCGAUCAGUUCCGUGGCGAUUAGCAGCUACUGAUUAGUAGGGAAUUGAAUCAAAUGGAUAAGUAAUUAAUAGUUAAUUACUUAAUUAAUUAGGUAUGGUGAAGCGCUUUCUUGAUUAGUGCUAGUUAAUUAUUAAUUAAUUUCCAUGGAUGUUUUUAAUUUGUAUUUGUGGAUCAAGAAUGUUUCAUAUAGUA